UUGGCGUGUUCAGACGUGGUUGGGCCUCUGUUUCGGCCAGUUUCGAGGCGAGAAGUGCAGCGUCUGUGUUUGUUACACGUGUAAUCAUAGCAUUCCUCUGGUUGCGGUGGCUUCGCGGUGCAAUGGCAAAUUCCAAACCUAAAAAGAGGGGUCUGUGGCUGAAGGCGACAUGGCAAAGGGAGGAGAGGAGGAACGUCCUGCGCAAGUGGCAUGCCCCCUACCACCGAAUGAUAUUUGAGCAGUCCGUGGACACAGGGGUGUUGCCCUCUGACCGGAAAAUUAGCAAGGACGCCACCAAGGCAGCUCCAAAGGGGAAAGAGAACAGAGAGCACCUAAAAUGCCAGUAACUCGUUGUCUACGAGUAAUCUAAUAAGGUGAAUGGUGAAAACUGCUCUGCAACAUGACUGCACAGAGCUUACCAAGGCUGUAGAGGGACAAGCAGCAGCAAGUGCGCACCAGUCGUCCGCACUGACUUCGCUAGUGCUUCAGCUCGUCGGUGUGCAGAAUCUCCAUCCGCCAGCC